CGCAACUUUGAACCACACUUGCUCAUGAAUCUAGAUUCUUUGCUGGUGCUCCCAUCGGAUGGUACAAUCAGAUGAAGGAUUCUUGCAAUGGAUUUAACAUGAGAGUCAGCAUGAAUUCGGAGUAUCGUUUCAAGAUUCGCUCGGUGACGCCCGAUGUUCGGUCUCGCGAAUUCUUCUAUGCUUCUCGCUUGGAGCCAGUUGUACAGGGUAACGAAACAUUCCAAUACUUCCAUCGAAUCUCCGGGAGCACGCCUCAAACCAAACACAUUGCUGUCGAUGUCGACAUCCAAAACAAAGCAUGGCGUUUGUUGAGACUCAACGGCACCGACAAUCAGAACGAAUGGCUAGGCUAUGGCUCUAGACACACCAAUGUAACCAGGCUUCCGAAAUUCUUCACCCUCUCAGCACACAUCGUGCAGAAGGGGACAAUGAGUCUUCAUAAACAUCAAAAACACAUGCAUAUUCCAGAGCUGAAUAUGAGCGCCUCCAACAUGAAAGACUUUCUACACUCCGUUAAUCAAGAACCCUUCCUUCGAAUUUACGAUACCCGUGGUCUCAAUGAUGAUCAGGUGACUUCUUUGCUGGACAAGAAAUGGUCCAGCAAGUCGGACCCUAGAGUCAUCAUGCGUACCGCCGCUUUCGGACAUGGUAGGAAAACGCUGGGAUACAGUAGACGAAGUCUGUAUAUGUGCGUGCGGGAACAUGAAGGAUACUCGUCGGAUCGCUUUGCUGAACAUGCUGCGCCUCGUCAUGUGGUUGGGAUUGACGACAGAAAUCUGGUUCCGUUGGCGAUUGUGUGGGCAUUGAGAGCAGACAAGGGAGAUCGAUUUGAGAUUUAGCUGUCGUCUUAGCUAACGAUCUUGACCUUUCUAUACACUCUGAGAGACGAGGGACUAGGU